ACUUUGAUGCCUAAAUCAGUGCAAAUAUGUACACCCGACCGACAAGACAUCCUUAUUUGGUGAAGUAAACUUCAACCUUUCAUUUCAAAGCCGACUCUGUCAUGUACAAUUAUAGAACGUUACAGUCAUAACCAAGGAUAAUCAGCAUUUCGAAAUAUCUUAUAUAGGUAAAAGUAAGGACAGUCGCCGAAUACAGUUACCCUGCAUGGUAGUAUCGAAGCCAUUUGCUCUUUUGUAACGGGAGUGUAUACACAAAAGUCAAUGCAUUAAUUAGAAAUCAUGAUGGAAUCAGACGACGAAUCCAAACCUCUUUUAGCAGAUAAGGGGUCUUCAACUCAAGAUGAUGAUGAAUCAAAAAACACAAAACCCGCGCCAAAAUCAGCUUCGUUGGGAGAUCUGUACCGAUAUGCUACCUGUGGAGACAAGUUUCUCAUGUUUCUCGGCUCGUUAUUCUCUAUGGUUCACGGUGCUGGGUGGCCGGUUCUCUCCAUUGUCUUCGGACAGAUGACCACUGAGUUUGUCUUUGGUCCAGGAGGCACUAAUGACACGAAAAAUGAAUCAACAUCAGUGCCAAUCAACGGUUCAGACGUGAAUCAAGAGUUCAGUGAUAAUAUGACAAAAUAUGCAUUGUAUCAAGUAUACAUCGGCGCCGCUGUGUUCGUGGCUGCUUACUUUCAGACUUCCUGUUGGACAACGUCAUGCGAAAGACAGGUCAAUAAGAUCCGACUGAGUUUCUUUCGGUCAAUAAUGAGACAGGACAUUUCCUGGUUUGACCAACAAAAGAGCGGACAACUGACAGCAAGAUUAGCAGAUGAUCUUGAGAGAGUAAGGGAAGGUAUCGGAGAUAAGAUGGGCUUUUGCAUACAGUACUUGGCAGCUUUCUUUAGCGGCUUUGCUAUUGGAUUCUGGAAGAGUUGGAAGAUGACACUGGUGAUGAUGUCACUUACGCCAGUGAUGGCUAUCUGUUCGGCGUUAUUUGGAAAGAAAAUGCAAAGUUUGGCAAAAGACUCACAAGCAUCAUAUUCUGAUGCAGGCAGUAUCGCCGAAGAAGUGCUGUCGAGUAUACGGACAGUUAUAUCUCACAAUGGACAAAGACAGGAACGCAUCAGGUACGAAAGUGCCCUCGCAAUAUGUAGGAAGAUUGGAGUGAAAAAGGGCUCAUUGCAAGGAUUUUUGAUGGGAUUUAUGUUUUUGACGAUGUUUUCAAGUUACGGAUUAGCAUUCUGGUAUGGGACUGAACUUGUCAAGGAUUACUAUACCAGUAAUGGUACCGACGGCAUAGAACCAGGGACAGUGCUUACAGUCUUUUUCUGUGUUAUGAUCGGGUCAUUCUCCAUCGGAAAUGCAGCGCCAGCUAUCGGCAACGUUUUCAUCGCUAAAGGCUCGGCGGCAGUUCUUAUUGAAAUUAUUGACCGUGUAUCGGCUAUUGAUGCUUCAUCGCCCAGUGGGCGUAGCCUCCCGGCAAUCAAAGGAAAUAUUGAGUUUAAAGAUAUCAACUUCUCUUACCCAGAGAAAGAAAAGCGCCCAGAGACAAAGGUCCUCAGGAGUUUUAACAUGACUGUGAAGCAAGGCCAGACUGUGGCACUGGUGGGACCCAGUGGGUGUGGGAAGUCGACAGUGAUGAGUUUAAUGGAGCGACUGUACGACCCCAAUGAUGGAGAGGUUGUCCUAGAUGGCGUGAACCUGAAGGAUCUCAACGUGAGCUGGCUGAGACAAAAUAUCGGUAUCGUAUCGCAGGAACCUAUUCUGUUCGACUACACCAUUGCGCAGAACAUCAGACUGGGUAAACCGGAAGCAACUAAUUACGAGAUAGAGAACGCAGCAAAGGCCGCCAAUGCACACGAUUUCAUCACAGCUCUACCAGACGGCUAUAACACAUUGGUCGGGGAAAGAGGUGCACAAUUAUCCGGAGGACAAAAGCAGAGGGUAGCUAUAGCGCGUGCUCUCGUGCGGGACCCCCGACUAUUACUCCUGGACGAGGCGACGUCAGCCCUCGACUCAAAGAGCGAAAAGAUCGUCCAAGACGCUCUCGACAGGGCAAGACAAGGAAGGACCACAUUAGUGAUAGCACACAGACUGUCAACAAUUCAGAACUCUGACGUCAUAUGUGUAGUAGACGAUGGCAGAAUAUUCGAGCAAGGCACACACACAGAACUGAUGGACAAGCGAGGCCUGUAUUACGAGCUGGUUAUGGCACAAACCCUCGCAGAAGAAGAAAGCGACGAAGACGAUGACAAGCACAUUGAUGAAGAGGGAGAAGGGGGCAAAGAUUCAGCUGCCGAAUUGGAGAUAGGGCAGAGUGACAGAGACGCUAAAGUCAAGGCAAAGCGAUUCAGAAAGGGAUCACAUCGAUCAUCUACAUCUGACAAAGGACGCCAGAUAUCCCGACAGAUGUCCCGACAAAUGUCUCGGCAAAUGUCUAUUAACGAAAAAGUACCGAUGGAUAAAGAUGGAAAAGAGAAAGAGGAAGUUGAAGAGGAAGAGUAUGAUCCGCCGAAAUAUUUGCGGAUUUUACGUGAGAAUUCUCCAGAGUGGCACUUUAUUUUGCUCGGCUGUAUCGCUGCGGGUAUAGGUGGUUGUACGAUGCCUGCUUUCGCUAUACUCUUCAGUGAGAUGAUUAAGGUUUUUAUUAAGCAAGGGGAAGACAGUGUAUUGUGGAGUAUGAUGUUCCUUGCCCUUGGCGGUCUUAACUUCGUUGUUCAAAUCAUAUCGAAUGUGUGCUUUGCACAUUCCGGAGAGAACCUUACACAGCGACUGCGUUUAAAUACCUUCUCUGCCCUGCUACGACAGGAUGUGGCAUAUUUUGAUGAUCCCAGGCAUGCCACCGGUGCUUUGACUACGCGUCUUGCUACAGAUGCCACUCUACUACAAACCGUCACUGGUAUACGGCUGUCGAUUGUGGUCUCAUCCUUUGUAUCGCUUAUCGCAGCCCUUGUCAUAGCAUUCAUCUUCGGAUGGCAGCUUGCAUUGGUAGUCCUUGGCGCUGCCCCUAUACUAGCCAUUGCAGGAUUUCUACAAUUUAAAGUGGUCACUGGACAGCAUAAAGGCGAUGAAAAAACUUUAGAGAACGCAGGCAAGGUGGCUAGUGAAACGAUAGAGAAUAUCCGCACAGUUCAGACCCUGAAUAGAGAAGAAUUCUUCUUUCAAGAAUAUUACAACAGUCUCAAAGGACCUCUCAGAACGUUCCUCAAACAAGCACAGCUGGCUGGAUUUGCGUUUGGCUUCUCACAAGGAAUAAUAUUCGUGAUGUAUGGGGGAUGCUUCAGAUUUGGAGCUUGGCAAGUCGAACUAGGAGACAUGACACCUGAAAAUGUCUACCGGGUGUUUUUCGCCAUAGCCUUUACCGGUAUUACUAUUGGUCAAGCGUCGUCCUUCCUACCCGAGUACUCGAAAGCCAAGCAUGCAGCCGGUCUCAUCUUCAAAGUCAUUGACACCGUGCCCCCGAUAGAUAUUUACUCUAAGCGGGGUAUCUACAUGGACAAGAUGGACGGUCGAGUCAGUAUAAAAGAUGUCAAUUUCAACUACCCUUGGAGAAGUGAGGUCAAAGUGUUGAAGAAUUUGACUUUUGAAGUCGAGGCGGGACAGACGGUGGCACUCGUCGGCUCCAGCGGCUGUGGCAAAUCUACAGUUAUCUCCCUACUCCAGAGGUACUACGACCCACUGGAUGGUAGUCUGAUUGUAGACGGCCGUGAAGUAAAAGAUUUUAACCUAAAUAAUUUGCGCUCAAACAUAGGAGUAGUCAGUCAGGAACCAAUACUGUUUGACUGUAGCUUUAAGGACAAUAUCGCGUACGGCCUUGACCGCAUGGUCGGAAUGGACGAAGUCAUAGAGGUGGCAAGGACAGCUAACAUCCACGAGUUCAUCAGUGGACUACCGAUGGGUUAUGAUACGUAUGUUGGGGAGAAGGGAACGCAACUCUCAGGUGGACAGAAACAGCGCGUGGCGAUCGCACGAGCUCUCAUCAGAAAUCCAAAAAUUCUCCUGUUAGACGAGGCCACGUCUGCUCUAGACACUGAAAGUGAAAAGCUCGUGCAGAAUGCGUUAGACAACGUUCAAGACGGCCGCACGUGCAUUGUCAUCGCUCACAGACUGUCCACUAUACAGAAUGCUGACGUCAUAUAUGUAAUGGACUCGGGGCAGAUCGUCGAGAAAGGAACUCACCAACAGCUUCUCGGCCAGAAAGGGGUGUACUCUGCACUCGUAAACGCGCAGCAUUUAGCUAUGAGAUAAAACUAUAUUUUAGGCAGAUUUUGGACCUUCUGUGUUAUGAAAGGAUUAAUGCGAGCGGUAAAUUCAAUUGCGUUGCAUAUAGAAGCAUAUAAAACCUUUCAAUUUCUUUGCAUUCGAUUGCGAUUUUUCAAAAAGGUCUAAAAAGUUCAACGAUAUGCAAUUUCGAAAUAUUGUGUGAAUGUUCUAUGCAGGAUUACCAUUCCAGUGAUAUAAUAUGUGUAUGUUAUGAUGUUAUAAAUGCCAUUUCAGAAGAAAUGUAAACGAAGUGCUUUAUAUUUGCAAAUGCUUAAUACUGAUAAUGAUUGUGCCAUAUUAGAUUAUUUCAGUAUGCGUUGCUAUUGUCCUGUAUGCAUCAUAUAUCAUUAAUAGAUUUAGGAGAUAUCGAAUAUAAUAACCUUAAGUUAUUUUUCAAUGUAAAAAAAAAACCGAACGAGGGAAUCAUUUUUUUUUCACAAUUCCAUUCAGAAGUGAAUAUUGCUUUGGAAAGUUAGUAAUGUAUGUAGUUUUUAAUUUCGAUCAAAACAUUGCGUGCGUCUGCCGUUUUUUAAUCAGUUCAAAUAAGCUUUUUUCUAAGCAUUUCUCUGCAUGACAUGCAAUGGUGGAAACCUUUUUAUCAGAUUGAGCUUUAUUCGUCUUUCAAAAGGUCGAAUCUUAUUUGUAACCUGACUCAUUUGAUAUAUUAUGAUAGGAAACUGCUAUAGGAUACUUUCCAUAAGUAUUUUACAAGAUAUCUUGUUUUGUUCAUAAAUGUUCAGAUAACUUUCAUGCACUUAACUGUUUAGAAUAGCCUUCCAAUUAUCCUACCUUCUUGUAGGCGACUUUAGGGAAAUUGUUAUUUUUAAAGUAUUUGCUUGAGACUUGAUGGGAUGCUCAUUAAUGAUGUUUCAUAAUUUAGAUGAUAGAAAAUGAAGCAACCAAAAAGAUUUUCUCUCACUUAAAGUACCCCCCAACCCAUCUGAUGUUUUGUAUGUUCAAUGUUCAUUGGUAAAAUUUAGGCUUUACAAGGUAAUGGUUCGACUACAGCAUUUUUUUCUGUUUUCAUUUUUUAUUUCUAUUUUCAAACGUUCAGAUUUCGAAUAACUAUGAUUCUGUGCAAUGCAUCGCAACAUUUGAUUUUUUGAAAUGCGCCUUUUAAAAAGGACUUCAAUAAUUGUUUCACAAUAGUGACCGUGGUAAAACUCUAAUCAAACUAGCUGAUACUUGUCCAUCUUAAAUAUGGAAUUACAAACAUGAUCCUAAAAUCUAUUGAUCCUAUUAUCUACAUUUGUAAUUUCAUUUUCUGUUUUAAUGAUGUAUAUAUUAAAAUUAAAUACAUCGUGCGUUUAUGUCAAUAUUAUUGUAAAAAGUUGUAUGCCGGUGAGUUCGUUUAGGUUAAGUUUAAGUGGACAAAGCUGUUAAUGGAAGAGUUUAAAUGUAUCCACAUGUAUAGUAACUUGUAGAACAAGAAGAGAAAUAAUUUAAAGAACAGUCUUGACAUGCAACUUCUCUCCGUCUCCCUACUUACCAACACGAUGCUAUUUUGAUUUAUUAAAACAUGUAAAUGUACUAGUACUGUAUAUGUAAAAUGAACAGACACAGAUGUAACAUAACACUGUGAAAAGAUGAAAAGGUUUUUGCAAAAAUUCAAACGAACAGGCCAGGCGUGAACUAAUCGUGAAUGACUACACCGAACGAGACGGGAAAAGCCAGGCGUGGACUAAUCGUUAAUGACUACACCGAACGAGAGGGAGAAAGUUAAUGUUUCAAAUAUUGUUUGAUUUUUGUUUGCGGAAGUAUUAACCAAAAUGUUGUUACCUUUCCUCUAGUGUUUCAUAGAUGUUUCUUUAAUAGUCUAAUAAUAGUCUAUCUCUGAAACAGCUAUCUUUGCGUGUAUAAUAGUCUAUCUCUGAAACAGCUGUCUUUGCGUGUAUAAUAGUCUAUCUAUGAAAUAGCUAUCUUUGCGUGUAUAAUAGUCUAUCUCUGAAACAGCUAUCUUUGCGUGUAUAAUAGUCUAUCUCUGAAAUAGCUAUAUUUGCGUGUAUUAUAGUCUAUCUCUGAAAUAGCUAUCUUUGCGUGUAUAAUAGUCUAUCUCUGAAAUAGCUAUCUUUUCAUGUAUAAUAGUCUUUCUCUGAAACAGCUAUCUUUGCGUGUAUAAUAGUCUAUCUCUGAAAUAGCUAUAUUUGCGUGUAUUAUAGUCUAUCUCUGAAAUAGCUAUCUUUGCGUGUAUAAUAGUCUAUCUCUGAAAUAGCUAUCUUUGCGUGUAAUGUUCAUAUUUUUUAUUUCGUGAAGUUGUUUGAGGACAUGGAUAAGUUUGGAAAGCAUUGUCUCAUCCAUUUCAUAUAGUUUGCAAUAAAAUAUUGUAAAUUAGUA